AUGUCAUUGGCCGCUUCCGCAUCUGCCAACGCCGCAUCCCUCGCCGCCGCCGCCACCGUGGCUCGUCCUUCUUCGCCUCUGCCGUCUACCAACUCGCUUCGCAUCCUCCUCGUUGAUGACAACCACAUCAACCUUUCGGUGCUCUCGACGCUGCUCAAGCGACGAUUCGGCCAUGCUCUAGCCAAACCACCCGUCAGCCUCGACAGCGGCCUCAAGGCGCUCCAGAUGCUCCGCACCCAGAUCUUCGACCUCAUCUUCAUGGACAUCGAGAUGCCCUACCUCAACGGCGUCGAAUGCACCCGUCGCAUCCGCGCCGGCGAGGACGGCAUUCUUGCGGCCAACCGUGGUGCGCACAUUGUCGCCGUCACCACCAACGUGGGACCCGAGCCAGCCGCGCUCUACCGCCACACUGGCAUGGACGGCAUGAUCAGCAAGCCAGUUCGCUUCCAAAACUUCCAACAGUACCUCUGCCCACUCUCCAUCGAGGCAUCCGAAGCCAGAGGCUCCGUCACGCCGGUCCUCGUUGGCACCGAGGAGGUCAUGCCGCCCUUGCCUCCUAUCGAUCUCGAGCAACGCCUGUUUUUUAUCCCCACCGAUAGUGGCGGCACGGUCACCACCUCCAGGCAUGGAAUCGACCGUGACGAACCUUCGGCAGAGUAUUCGGAUGCCAAUUCAUUCGCGGCCAUGCUCAAGGCGCAGACGUCCAAGUCGCUUCGUGACCGCAAGGCACUCUCGGUGUCUCGCUCAUCGACGCUGUCUGAACCGCGCAGGUCGUCGUUCAAUUCGCCCAGGUCCGAGCACCUGCCCAACAUCCGCCCCGUGCAGCAGUCUACCUCCGCCGAUUUGGCGCGUUUGGUGGCGGAUGAGGACAAUGACGGCUUAUACCACGAGCCCAAGCCCGCCAAGUCCACGGACGCUGGGCAGGCGCCGCACCUCUCCUUCCAGUCCCUCAUCGAACGAGAGACCCGUGACCGCGAGCGCGACGACACGAUCGAGAGGCGAGCCCCCUUGCCGAUUCGGCCAACGCCCGUCCACCGGAUCAGCUCGCCCGCCUAUCUGCUCGACGCCUCGCCCAUCGCUCGCUUGCGUGCCGACCCGGCAAUGCGCUCCAACCCGGACCUGGUGCCUCAGAUUAAGCGUCGUCCCGACAUUCGGCCUUUGCCUCCCAAGAGGCUGAGGCGCGAUGAUCCGUCGGACGAGUCGUGGAGCGGCACCGCGGACAGUGCGCUCGACAGCGCCAGCGGCGGGAACACCACGUCGUCUUCGUCGGCCUGGUCCAGCACGCCGAUGUUCUCUGAGGACGGUGCUAUGUCUCGCCAACUGGGUGCAUUUGAUGCGCUCGGAAGUCUGAGCCAUCGACGCGGGUCGAGCCCCUCGUCGGGCAUCACCACGCCGAGCUCGUCGCCUGCAGACAUGGGCCUUCAGAACUACGACUCUGGCGACGCCAAAGACGACGAUCUAGCGGGUGCUAUCUACAGCCCGUGCGCCGACGAUCUGCUCUCUCCUCGCACUCGCGAGCUCGGAUUCGUGCCGCCGCUGCUGUCCUUGAACACAAAAGCCGCCUCGAUCCAGAACAGGCCGCGCAUCCUGGUGCGUACGGAUUCGGACAAGGCGCAGCUCGGCUUAGGCAUGGAUGAGCUGCAUCUCGGCUCGGUCUGA